AGUAAUCAGUUAGGAAAGAAACAAUGCAUUGAACAAGUUCAAGGACUCCAAACAUAUUUCUACCAUCCUUCCUGUAGUCCUGGGAAAAAUGCACUGACUCUCUUGUGCAUUCAGAAUAGGGUUCACUCAAUGGUCUAGCUAAUCACAAUCAUGGAUGUAUAAAAUCGAUAAAGGAGAAUAAUCCACAAUUUUUCCAAACUGAAGAUUUUUUUCUAUACAACAUUUUGGAAAGAAAACCUCCUUGGGGGGCGGUGGGAUCCAGUUGUGAAGUCCAUGGAACCUAAAGAUGAUACUGAACAGUCAUUGGCAUUUACCGUCAACAAGACCAAAGAUGGUUUAUGGACCACAGCUGCCAAUGGGUCUAUACAGAUUCGGAUUGACGAUAGCUGCUCCCAGCCUGCUGUAACUGUGCACCAGAUGUUUCUCGAAUGUGUUGAUAAAUAUGGAAAUCUAAACGCCAUGUCAAGCAAGAUCAAUGGUUUAUGGGAGCAUGUCACCUUCCUGGAAUACUACAAGUUCUCUCGUCGAGCUGCCAAGAGCUUCAUAAAGCUUGGAUUGGAACCAUUUCAUAGUGUCGGAAUACUUGGGUUUAAUUCUCCAGAAUGGUUUAUUUCCGCGGUGGGAGCUGUGUUUGCAGGAGGAAUUGCUACGGGGAUCUAUGCAACCAAUUCACCCGAAGCCUGCCACUACAUUGCUAGUGACUGCAAAGCCAAAAUUAUCGUAGUCGAAAACCAGAAACAACUGGAAAAGAUCCUACAGAUAUGGGAGAAAUUACCUCACCUUAAAGCUGUUGUUCAGUAUAAAGGCAGCUUACAGGAGAAAACUCCAAAUGUAUACACGUGGGAAGAGUUCGUGGAAUUGGGGAAAGAUAUUGCUGAAAGUCAGCUGGAUGACAUCAUAAGCUCCCAGAAACCCAACCAAUGCUGUGUCCUUAUUUACACGUCUGGUACCACAGGAAACCCAAAGGGUGUAAUGCUGAGCCACGAUAAUAUCACCUGGACAGCAGCCCAGGCCAGCCAUGCUGGGAACAUGAUUCCUGCCGAAAUUCAACAGGAAGUAAUUGUUAGUUAUCUACCACUCAGCCAUAUUGCUGCCCAAAUAUAUGAUCUGUGGACUGGUAUUAAAUGGGGCGAACACAUCUUCUUUGCACAGCCCGAUGCUUUAAAGGGGACGCUUGUGGACACACUGAGAGAUGUACAGCCUACAUCACACAUGGGAGUCCCAAGAGUGUGGGAGAAAGUCAUGGAACGGAUUAAGGAUGUGUCGAGUCAGGCUGGGGUUCUUCGCAGGAAGAUGUUGUCCUGGGCAAUGUCGGUCAGCUUUGAAAGGAACCAGAGUCCUGCAAGGAAUGGUGAACUGAAGCCCUUUCUCUCAACGUUGGCUGACUUCCUGGUCCUGUCGAAGAUUCGCAAGGCCUUGGGAUUCUAUCGCUGCGAAAAGCAUUUCUCAGGAGCAGCUCCAAUAUCUGCUGAAACAUUGGAGUUUUUCUUAGGGCUCAAUAUCACACUGUACGAAGCAUAUGGCAUGUCUGAGACAACAGGACCACACUUUAUGUCUGGACCAAACACCCAUAGAUUUAAAUGUUGUGGUAAGGCUGUCCCAGGGUGCCGGGUGAAACUAGUGGAUAAAGAUGACUAUGGGAAUGGUGAAAUCUGUUUCUGGGGUCGGAACGUCUUCAUGGGAUAUCUAAACAUGGAGGACAGGACAAGAGAAGUUUUUGAUGACGAGGGCUGGUUACACUCUGGAGAUAUUGGGAAGUUGGAUGAUGAUGGGUUCCUGCAGGUGACGGGAAGGAUAAAAGAGUUGAUUAUCACAGCAGGAGGUGAGAAUGUUCCUCCCGUUCCCUUAGAAGAUGUUGUAAAGAGACAUUUGCCUAUAGUCAGUAAUGCUGUAUUAAUCGGGGACAGGAGAAAAUUUUUAUCAAUGCUGCUCACCCUCAAGAGUGCAGUGGAACCGGAAACCUUGGAGCCGAUGGAUAACCUAACUCAGGAAGCUGUACUCUUCUGUCACAAUGCUGGUAGUAAGGCCAUGACGGUGUCCGAAAUCGUGGAACAGAAAGACCAGGCCGUGUAUAAAGCUAUUCAAGAAGGAAUAGAUAGGGUGAACAGAGAGGCGGUGUCCAAUGCUCAACGGAUCCAGAAAUGGGCAAUCUUAGCCAAGGAUUUCUCAAUAUCUGGCGGUGAGAUGGGGCCCACAAUGAAAAUAAAGCGACAUGCAAUCUUAGAGAAGUACAGUAAAGAAGUGGAAGCCUUUUACACCGAAUAAUGAGGUUUGUCCAUCUAAGGGUGGCACGUGAAUCAAAGUGAAUUUUCUUGUAUGCAAAUUAAUACAUAAGAACCAUGCUAAAAUGUAUCACGGUACCAAGUAUAGCCACCUUUGGACACUUAGCAGAAUCCAAGGGAUCCGAACUUACCGCUGCUGCUGUUAGAACCCUGUUUACAUCGCCAAAUAAGCUUAGAUUCUUUUUCUUUCUUUCUUUCUUAAGAGAUACAGAAAGCUGAAUUACAAUCCUUGUGUAGUGUGAUGUACACAAUAUAUUGCUGACCGUCUUGGCAUGUUUUUGCCAAUAAACUUUUUCUAAGCAACAAAA